GUAGUAACUAGUGACGACCUUUCGCAACCGGAUGCUUUUGUCGCUGAUGCCGGACGUGAUGAAAACAACACAACGCGCUAUCUGUCUGGCAAACUAGCUACUUAACUUGCAUUUUCUACAAAUGUCUAAAAUAAAGUUAUUGAGGGCUUUCCUCAACGAGAGAUUAACAGCUGCUGCUGAGGAGAUAUUAGGGGUUGUUGAAAAAACUAUUGCAGAGUAUGAGGAGGAGGUGUUCCGUCUACAGAGUCUGCUCGACAUUGACAUUGUUCUUCAACCUGAGAUAAACCUACACAGAGCAGAUGUCCAGCAGCUCAAUCUCUCUGUCUCUGAAGAAGAUGUUCCCCCUGAGCAGCAUCAGUGUGAGCAGGAGUGGAGCCCCAGUCUGGGACAGGAGGACCCAGAGCCCACACAGAUUAAAGAAGAGCAGGAGGAACUCAGGACCAGUCAGGAGGAAGAGCAGAUUCAAGGGCUUGAGGCAGAUGCCAUAGAAUUCAUAUUCAAUCCUGUCUGUGUGAAAAGUGAUCGUGAUGAAGACCCAACUCAGCCCUCACAUCUCUAUCAAGCCCAAAAGGAGAGAAACGGAGAGAGAGACACUCUACCCAGUACUACAACUGAAAAUAUCAAAACAGAACCUGGUGGAGAGGACUACAUAGAAUCAGAACCGACCAGUGUCUCUCAGCCUUUCUCUAUAGUUCAGAGUGAAAACAGGCAAAGUGUCAGUGGUAGGGAGACUGGAGGACCUCCUUCAGGUUUUAAGUCAGUCAAAUCAAAAAUAACAAAGAUGGUAAAAGGACAAAUGUCCCAUAUCAAUAGUAAGGAUAAGAGAUCUACACAGUUGUCCCUCCUGAAAUCAUCCAGCCAAAGUAAUUCUACUCCCUGUUGUAAGUUGUGUGGCAAGUCUUUUCAUCAAAUGGGUUCAUUAAUUAAACAUGUGCAAACUCAUGAAGAUAAAGAAGGUAUUUGUGGUGUUUGUGGUAAAUGUUUUCAGUCCACAGAAAGUAUGGAAGGUCACUUCCAAACUCACAUUACAGCUAGUUUUUGUUGUGAUGUCUGUAGUAAAGGGUUCAGCAAGAACAGUAAGCUGAUAGUGCACAUGAGAAGCCACACUGGGGAGACUCCAUUUCGAUGUUGUCAUUGUAGCAAAGGAUUCAAACAGAAUGGAAGUCUAAAAAUACACAUGAGAAUUCACACCGGGGAGAAACCUUUUUCAUGCCCUAUUUGUUGCACAUGUUUCAGUCAGAAUGGAGAUCUAAAAAUACACAUGAGGAUUCACACAGGGGAAAAACCAUAUAGCUGUUGUCAUUGUGGCCAAGGAUUCAACCAGAAGGGAAAUCUAAAAACACACAUGAGGACCCACACAAGAGAGAAACCUUAUCGCUGUCAUGAUUGUGACCAAGGAUUCAGCACUGGCAGCGCUCUGAAAAGACACAUUAUGAUUCACACAGGGGAGAAGCCUUUUUGCUGUCCUGAUUGUGGAAAAACAUUUAAUCGGAGUGGACAUGUAAAAUUACACAUGAGGACCCACACAGGGAAUAAAUAAUAUUGCCAUUUGUGGCAAAGGAUUCAGCACUAGUGGCCUUCUGAGAUUAAAAACAUUUGGAUUCAUACUGGAGAGAAACAGUAUCCAUAGUGACUGUGGUAAAGGAUUCUGCACUGGCACCAAUCUGAAAGUGCCCUUAAGGACUCAGAGGAGAGAAUAGAUACCCUCAAUUUAGAAAAUUAUUUCCCCAAUCAGGUACGUUAAAUAACAAUCAGACACAAGGGAGAACUUAACGGUGUGCUGUUUGGGGAAAGGUCUGGAGACUGAAGAUUGAGAGUCGAUGUCUCAGAACACUACUCGUGGGUGAAUAAGAUAUGACGGAAUUACUGCUUGAAUGUAAGAACUCCAUCACUAUCUAACAGAGAGCAGUUGUUAGUUAUAGGAUGACAAGUCAUUUGGGAAACUCCUCCCUUUGUACUUAAAACAUUUUUGUUUUUGAAAUCUUAUACAUUAUGUACACUGAGUGUACAAAACAUUAGGAACACCUGCUCUUUCCAUUAAAUAGACUGACCAGGUAAAACCAAGGUGAACGCUUUGGUGCCUUAUUGAUAUCACUUGUUACAUCCACUUCAGUGUAGAUGUUUUGUAUACUCUAUGCUUUGACGGAGUAGCGCUCUCGUGAAUAAACAUUUUUACUAUCAUA